AUGGAUCCGACCAGCCUUUCCUCAAAUUGGAAGAAGCUACAAGCGACACUGAAAAAGGACAAGCCCUCAACUGCAUCUGCCACAAAACGCAAGGCUUCAGAUCGAGAAUCGGGCAAUGGCCCGUUGAAGAAACAAAAGUCAGAUACCGAACACUUGCAAUCGCGAGAGUUGAACGCAUUCUACAAGAAAAAGAGAAUGGCCGAUAAGACUGAAGUCACAUCUUCUGGUGCACGCUCGGCGUCGACUAGUUCGCGGAGAAAAUCUACUGCUAGCACAACUACAGCUGAAUCCUGCACCGGAAAGAUCAAUGAGGGGCGUUCGUCGACUGCUGAGGUAGGAAAAUAUGUUGCCAUGGAUUGCGAAAUGGUUGGCGUCGGGCCAAAUCCAGAUAACGACUCGGCACUUGCACGAGUUAGUAUUGUCAACUUCAACGGCGACCAAGUGUACGAUUCGUACGUGCGACCAAAGGAAAUGGUAACAGAUUGGCGAACACACGUCAGCGGAAUUGCACCAAAACACAUGGUAGACGCGCGCGAUCUCGAAGUGGUCCAGAAAGAGGUGGCCGCAAUUAUGGACGGCCGAAUCCUUGUCGGACACGCCGUGAGCAACGAUUUAAAUGCUUUGAUGUUCGGUCAUCCCAAACGCGAUAUCCGGGAUACGAGCAAGCACCCUGAGUACCGGAAGAUUGCUGGUGGUGGAUCACCACGGUUAAAGGUGCUGGCGGAGCAUUUCCUUGGUAUCAAGAUUCAGGAUGGGGCUCAUUCUAGUGUGGAGGAUGCGCGGGCGACUAUGGCCCUUUAUCGGCGGGAGAAGGAUAAUUUCGAGCGGGAGCAUUUGAAGAAGUGGCCGGUGCGAAAUGCAGAGGCUCAGGAUAAGGGAGAUGGUCAGAAGAAGAAAAAGAAGAAGAAGACUCAUCGUAAGAGGUGA